AUGUCCUGGCAAGAUCAAGUCGCUAAGAAACGCUCAGAGGUUCUUGCUAGAAUCCCAGUAGAAUGGACCGAAAUCAUUGACUCAGUCGUGGCUACGGCAGACCCCUCUUCCAACGUCCUUGCCCUCAUUCUUAACCAACUGCUUACCCCGGAACAACUUGAAAUCACCCUCAAGAAUGCAUCCCAGUUGAUCCCAGCCAUGCAAUCUGGUGAGCUCUCCAGUGAAAAAGUUGUCACUGCUUUUGCUAAAAAAACAGCAGCUGUUGCCAAACUUACCAAUGCCGUCUCGGAACCUCUUUACUCAGAAGCAAUCAAUCGUGCACGAGAAUUGGACACACUUCCGAAAGAUGAAAAAUUAAAACUCCCACUUUUUGGCUUGCCAAUAACUGUCAAAGACUCUUUCAAUGUUCCUGGAGUCCAAUCUACCCUUGGUACUGUCUCACGAAUUGCUCUUCCUCCUGCUUCUAAAGCCUCGCCAGCCGUUGCACUUCUCACGGAUCGUCUUGGUGCCAUCGUCAUCGCCAAAACUAACGUCCCACAAGCCAUCAUCACCCCAGAGUCUCACAACAAUGUAUUUGGCCGCACACUCAACCCUGCAAACCCCAAAGAAUGGGGGUCUGGCGGGUCCUCUGGUGGCGAAGGUGUCCUUGUUUCUCAGCGUGCAUCUGCUUUGGGCUUGGGUACCGAUCUGGCCGGAUCCAUCCGUGUUCCUGCUUGGUCAAACGGCGCUUACGGAUACAAACCUUCACUCAAAAUCGUGCCCUACUUGGGCUUUGAGGAUGCAGGCAAACCACCACGUGAACCAGGGCUCACUGCUACUGUGGGACCUCUUGCCCAGUCUGCAGAUGACCUAGAGCUUUUCCUCAAGUCUGUUAUAGGCGCACGACCAUGGGAAGAUCCUGAGCUGGAGAACUCUCUUGAACCAAUUGAGUGGAAGGAAGACCAUCAUCUGCCUGAAACUUUUACCGUAGGUAUUUUAACAGGAUCUCCUGGUGUACCCAUCACUAGCCAAGUCCAGGAAACAGUGCGCCUAACUGCUGAAAAACUUGGCGCUGCUGGCCAUAAGCUUGUUUGGAUUGACGAAGCAGCAGCCCCAUCUAUUUCUGAUCUUACUCAACAAGUCGGAGUUCCACUUAUCAGUCUUGACACUGAUGGCACUCACCUUGAAGCUAUCCGUCGUGGAGGCGAGCCGCUGACCCCGGAAACUGCUCGUGGACACACUGGGCUAUUUGAGCCGCACAUUGAGAAAAACGAACAAGACGGGUCUGAACAGGUCUUUGUGGCUAAAGUGAUUCCAUUUACAGUCUCAGAUGAAGACCUGGCAAAGUCCAAGACUCUUCAGGGAGAGUUUAUAAAAGCCUGGGAUGACCUGUUUACAGCCCAUAAGCUUGAUGCACUCAUGUGUCCAUUGAUUGACGAGUUUGCUCCUGCACAUGGCAAGUUUGACUUGACUCCAUUUGCCAUUAACUGGAACACAGUUGACUACCCCGCGAUUUCUAUUCCUGUGAACCGUCAGUCCCUUGGCUACAAUAAUCUCGUAAAACCUCAGGCGGUCCAGCUUGUGGCGCAAAACCUUGAGGACCAGCGACUUCUUGCUGUGGCAAAGGCCCUUGAAAAGGUCUUGUGA